GGGUCGCGGUCUCGCCGCCGCCGGUGCGAUGUAGGGAAGGGCCGGGGCUGAGCGCGGUGACAGGAGCCGCCUCCCCCGGUGCUGCGGGCGAGAGACUGGGCCGAGCCGCCGCCGCCGGGCCGCGGGAUGAGAAAGCGGAACGAGUCCGUCACGCUGGAGCAUGAGCGCCCCGCCGGCCCGCCCGAGCCGGGCUGCAGCCUGAGGCACAGCCUGCGCCUGGCCCGGCCCCACGGCGAGCCGGCCAUGAAGCGCCCGCUCGGCAGGCGAUAUGGAUUGUGGUUCCGAUUACGGAAGUUGUUAAUAUGGUUGUUGGGAGUAUACAUAGCCAUUCCAUUUCUAGUAAAAAUUUGUCCUGCUAUUCAGGUGAAGCUGGUCUUCUUAAAUUUUGUGAGGGUUCCAUAUUUCAUUGACUUGAAAAGGCCACAGGAUCAAGGUUUAAACCACACCUAUAAUUAUUACCUUCAGCCAGAGGAGGAUGUAACCAUUGGAGUCUGGCACACAGUUCCUGCAGCCUUAUGGAAAGAUGCUCAAGGCAAAGGCCAGCCGUGGUAUGAGGACACUUUGGGAUCCAACUAUCCUGUAAUCCUUUACUUGCACGGAAAUGCAGGAACUAGAGGAGGGGAUCACCGGGUGGAACUUUACAAGGUUCUAAGUUCCCUUGGUUACCAUGUAGUCACAUUUGAUUAUCGAGGGUGGGGAGAUUCUGUGGGCACUCCAUCAGAGAGAGGAAUGACCUAUGAUGCACUCCACGUUUUUGACUGGAUAAAAGCAAGAAGUGGAGACAAUCCUGUCUAUAUAUGGGGGCACUCCUUAGGCACAGGAGUUGCAACAAAUUUAGUGAGGCGUCUUUGUGAAAGAGAAACUCCUCCAGAUGCCCUAGUACUGGAAUCGCCAUUUACUAAUAUACGGGAAGAGGCAAAAAGCCAUCCGUUUUCAGUGAUAUAUAGAUACUUCCCUGGAUUUGACUGGUUCUUCCUUGACACCAUCACAAUGAGUGGAAUUAAAUUUGCAAAUGAUGAGAAUGUAAAAUACAUUUCCUGCUCGCUGCUUAUUCUUCAUGCUGAAGAUGAUCCUGUUGUACCAUUUCAUCUUGGAAAGAAGCUUUAUAACAUUGCUGCACCAUCUCGGAGUUUCCGUGACUACAAAGUACAGUUUGUUCCAUUUCACAGAGACCUCGGCUACAGGCAUAAGUACAUAUACAGGAGUCCAGAGCUACCUCGAAUACUGCGGGAAUUCCUGGGAAAAUCUGAACAUGCACAUCAUCACUGAAGACUGGCUGCUUGAUAGCAUUAAGGUUCUUCUUUUUGGUUUUUUUGUUUUCUUUGGGUCAGUCUGUCAUUCUUUAGCGCCUGGCACUGGCUAAGCCAGGAAAUCCUUCAUUUGUCCUGAUGCAUACCCUUGGAAACCCAGACUCCCACAUCGGUGUCUAAGACAGGAGGAGGAGAAAGAAAUGAAGUUAGCUGGCUUCUGUUUUAACAUGGACAGAAAAACAAACAAACCCAUGCACCAAUGCCAACCCAUUCAAAACUUGAGCACAACAAAGAGCUACCAAUGCAGCAUAAUAAUUAAAAGAACAGAGGUUCCUAGAAAACAUGUAUUAGGACAAAUGGCACUUCUUUUACAUUUAAAAACAGCGUAACAUUUUGGAUCACAAAUGGACUGUGAUUUACCCACAAAAUGGUGGCUGUGACCAUCUUUAAAUAUUGCAGCUGUCUUGCUUCAGUUCCAGGGUGUUUCCUUUAUAGAAAAUAUAGAUUUAGUUCAUCAUUUUCUCUCAAUGGUUAUAAUCAGGAAAGUGCUGAAGAUCAUGGGGAAUAGUGAUGUUUUAUUGAAAUCAGUUAACUUUUAAUUUGAUGUGUACUGCAAAAGCGUAAGGGUACUUGCAAGACAAACGCAUUUUGAAAUCAAAAGGAUGUUUUUAAAGACGUAAGACACACAUAUUUAAUGCAAUGGGGAUGUUGUAACACGUUUCCAUUCUCCCCCCAUGUCCUUCUUUCUGAGUAUCAUUCCUGCUCCAUACAUGCACACCUCUGGAGUGUUCCUUUCCCCUUCCCAUCUACCUUUGGUAGGAGUACUGGUAUCUGAAGUGACUUCAACAGAUGGGAUUUUAUUUUAGGGAAAGUUUUUUUAAAUUUGUCUGAGCUUUCCCCCUCUCUGAAUCAUAUGGGCCUAGAAUAUGUAGGAAUUUAUUUAAACAAUAAAUGUCUUCCAUUCUUCUUUAAGCAUAAAGAGACACAAGCACUUUCUCGGGGAUGAGAGGACAGAGAUCCUUAAGAAACUUGCGUUUUUUUCCUCCUCAAACACUCACGUACAUGUUUUAGCUCCAGUUGUCAGGCACAAAGGGAGAGGUGAACUUGUCAGUUCCUUAGGCAGAGCAAUUCCUGCAUAGCUAAAAGCAAGCAGCAGUAGAUAGUUACUAAUGCAAAUAAACUGUGGUUCUGUUUUUUUUCUUGACACCCCACCCUCUGUUUUCCAUGCCUUGGGCAAAGACUCAGCUCUCCUGUUCACACGGAGUACACCUGGGUCAUCUGUGGCCUCAGUCCCUCUUUCCUCAUAGCAACGUGUGCUGCCCUGGAUGGGUGGCUGGCCAGGGCUGGUUCAGGCCAUCCUGGGAGGCUGUAGAUUCAUAGGUCCCCACUCCACUGGGGGAGAUGCUCAGUGGAAGCUUCCUCCUUGUACAGCGGGAGGUGAUGCACCAGCUGCUCUGUGGUGGAAAGUUGGGCUGCUGGCUGUGCAUCCCUUUAUCAUGACCCUUAGUGAGGCACAUUACAGGUGUCCCUGUUCUGCUGUGCCUCCUUCCCUGACUGCUCCCACAAAACAAUUCCUGGUUCAGGACACGCACCUCCCCGCCCGCACCCCCACCCCCACUAGCAUGGGGGUGGGAGAAUGUCACGUACUGGACAAUGGGAACUGGAGCUGGAGAACCCAGUAAGCUGGGGCUUUUCAGGGUACUCUAGACUUGUUUGAACUGGCCCUAACAAAACAUUCCACGUAAUACUCGGUGUAAUAGUUUUAGUUCCUAGUGUUCAGAGGUGAACCUUACAGCCUGAAGGGGUCUGUUCUCUUACGCAGUUGUAUAAGGCGUAGUGUAACCAGUUCAGCAUGCAUCCAAGUUAUAGCUACAGGCUCAUAAUAGUUACAAAGCGGACAGUAGAUUGUCUGCCGUAGUGUGGUUAUACUAAGGUUUUGACCCAUAACACUUCUGAGCUAACCGUGACAUUUAAAUUCUGUUUUAUGCACUUCUUGAUAUUUAUUGCAUUGACAGGACAGAAACACUAUUUGGCUCUUUGCAAUUCAAUCUCUACAUUCCAUCUAAUGCUGCUGCUGUCAUCUGACUCAUGUUAAAGUAUAAACGUCAAUGAAAAUGUUGACUCUCUUCCCAUGUGACACAAAUUAGAUUCCAAAGCAUGAACCAGUGCAGUUUAUUUCAACAUACGUUCCAGUUAAUUAGGCCAGUGAUGUGCAUUAAGAUUGAAAUGUUUAUCUAAAAGUGUGUAGCUUUAAUAAAAUGAUUGACUUCUGAUCAC